AUGGCUCAAAAAAGACCAUCCAGCGAUAAUCAAGCAUCGGACAGUAAAGGCAGGCAAGUUGAAGAUAACCAUGGCCUGGUACAGCACUGUGACCGCUUGGAAGAUUUAUCAAACUCGUUACAUCAAGAGCUAUCGACCCUCAGGCGUGUUUCUAUAAGGAAACAAAAUUCUAUAGAUUCACUGCAGCAGAAGCUCAGCGAGUUGAGGCAUCAGAACCAAGAAUUAGAAGAACAGCUGCAAGAAUGUCAGGCAAGGAUUCUGAAACUCACCUUUGCGAAUGACUUGAGUGAUACCACGGUCAUACAGGAGUUCGUUAGGAUUAGAGACAACCUCUCCAACUGGUGUGAGGGGCUUCCAGAUAUUAUCUACUACUCUGAUUCCGACUUGAGAGGAGCGCUGGAGGGUUUCAAAUGCUGCCUUCAGAUAACUCAAGAUCUGGAUACCCAUGCACAAAUGCUUCUUGAAGCGCAGUCCGAACUUUUGAUGCACAUAACAUUCUGUCGUCUCUGGAGAGGGUUCCUUCAGACAUUGAUCCCUGGGAUAUCUUCAUCGGAUGAAGCUCUCUUGCGUGAGCUCUAUGCGGGGCUGUUAUCACAACAGUCUGGGGAAGAUUCUGAGAGUGCCAAAAUUUGGAAGUGGAGCACCAGAAGGGCUUACGUUGCCUGCCAAAGGUAUGAAAAGCGGAUGAAUGAGGAGUGUAUAAACAUCAUUGAUGAUUUGCACAACCUCUUUUCGUGGUUCGACUUUGGAGGCCAGGUCAAUUGGGCAAAUAAAAUGGCCAGAUUUAUCGAGGACAUUUUAAAACCCGUUGUCGGCCUCGUAACGCAGAUAAGCAAUUCAUCGGCGUAUUACGGAUGGCAAUGGUACGGCGAGGCGUUCUUUCCUGAGCGAGUUGUACGCAAGUACCACCUGGAACAGUUUAUCGUGCAAGAUUCCCGCACCCAUCAUCGAAUUCGUGUGGCGAAUUUUGAAUCUUUGCCAGAUGAAACCCCGGUGGGUGAGCUCCUCAUCGUCAUUUUUCCGGCACUAUUUCGUUGUGCAAAUAAUGGACACGAGCACCUCCUACUUGAGAAAGCUGUUAUUCUGACCCGUGUGGUCGAGGAAGUUCCAAGUCAGAAGAUAUCGGAAAAGAGAUCCUGA